CCGGACAUCCCACUUCUCUGCAUUUAAAAUAUGUGUGAGCUCUAGCCAACCACUAAAUCCCUAACCCGAAGACUAUAAUAGAAACAACAGCGACAAUGAAGAACUGCGAUAACAAAAGAACAGCCGACGCAAAGGUUCAACAAUGGUGUUUACCGAAGAAGACAUAACAAAACUAUACAGAAUCCGCAAAACCAUUCUCCAAAUGCUAUUCGACAGAAACUACCUCGUCGACGAAACCCAACUUACCAUGUCUCGAGAAGAUUUCAUCUUCAAAUUCGGCGAACACAUGAAACGAGAACAGUUAGAAAUCAACACAACACAUAGAAACAACCUAUCUGAAAAAAUCUGUGUGUUCUUCUUUGAUGAUGCUAAACUUGGUGUUAAUAUUGUUAGAGGUAUUAUUAAUAGGAUGUUGAAGGAGAAUGUUGAUAAUGGGAUUAUGGUUUGUCAGAAUAAAUUAUCUCCUGCUGCGCGUAAAGCUGUUGCUGGAAUGAGUUCAAUUGGUUCUAAGCGGCUUGAAGUCUUUAUGGAGGAUGAACUGCUGGUGAACAUAACAAAGCACGAGCGUGUACCUCCACAUCAGGUUCUCACCGACACUGAGAAGAAAGCCCUGCUCAAGAGAUACACUGUCAAAGAUACUCAGCUACCUAAAAUUUUGACAAAUGAUCCUGUUGCGAGAUAUUAUGGACUAAGGCGUGGACAAGUUGUCAGGAUUAUCCGGCCAAGUGAGACUGCAGGAACAUAUAUUACAUACCGAAUUGCUUCUUGAGCUUAUCGGCUAUACUAUUUGCAAUACGUUGUACCUAAAAUUUAUGCCAAGCAUGCAUAGUGAUUAUAUAACCUUUAUUUUUGUUAUUGUAAUGGGUGACAAUGAUCUUGGAUGAUGUAUUAAAGAACAACUGCAAUGCACUGAAUUAUGCAGCUGUAGUUUCGCUUUUCAGUUAUGGUUUUCUUGAGAAACAAAUAUUAUGCGUUUGUGAUUUAUCAAAUAGUAAAUUAUUCAAUCA